AUGGAUCAUGAACAGGUUAGGAUGGAGUUGGACGAGAUGUCUAAGUGGCUUCAGGAGGAUGGUUUGUCUUCAGAAGCGAGUGCGGAGGAGCGGCAGCGACAUCUGUGGCAGCAGCUGCUCAGCAGUGAGGCAAAGCUUCGGUCAGCCACUCAGGAGCUGCAGACCUUACGUAUCCUGCAGGCCAGCGAAAUGAAGGAGGUGGAGAGCUAUGUGGCACAUAUUCGAACGCUGCUGGAGGAGCGUGAGUGUCUGACAGCAGAGUAUGAGAGAGACAAUGAAGAGCUGCGACUCGAACUUCAUCAGAUCAAACAUCAACUAGACUGCCAGAGUAAGGAACUGUCUGAAAUGUUGGCUCAGGAAGACCUGGGGGAGAUGGGUUUGAGCAGCCCCAGCGAGCAGGUGGCUUACCUACUGGUGGAACGAGCCACGCUGUUGGAAAGGUUAGAGGCUGCUGAGGGGAAACUGGAGAGUCAGAGUUUCGCUGGGUCUUUGAAAGAUUGUGACCACCAGGAGCAUGUACACCACAUGAUGGGAGAGGACAUACAUCAUCAGAGAGGGGACAUGCAGAAGACCAUAGACAGCAUAACAAAGUGUUCAUCCCAGAGUCCAUGGAAGAAGCUGUUUGGCCUGCACAGGUCUGGUCAGAGCAAACACAAUGUGGCUCCUGCUCACAGUGAGGAGAUUUCCAGGGAUCGGAAUGAGCGGCAGCGGCUGGAGCGAGACCUGGAGGAGGCGUCCAGGAGGCUGGCGAUGGCUCAUCAGGACAUCCGCAGACUCACCAAUGAGUUGGAUGAAGCCAGAAACAACAACCAAAACACGAGUGAAUGGGAGCUUCAGGGAACAGUUCAAGAACUAGAGAACCUGAAGAAGGAAGUGGACAAACUGCAACACAGCGAUGUGAUGAAGCUGCAGCAAGCCAAAGCGCAAAAUGACCAACUGGAUGCUGAGAACAAGAGUCUCCGGGAAAGAGUUCACAUCAUGGAGCUAGAGAAAGAAAAUCUCCUGGAUCAGCAGACAAAAAAUGAUUCAGCCAGAGAGGAUCUAAAGGACAAGAACAGUGAAUCGGAAAACGGUGCACCAGUCCAAGAAAAUGCUCAGAUUCACAAACGGUGUCUGGAGGCGAUGGAAGACGUACUUGUUCAGGUGAGAGAAUUGCAACGACAACUCCAGCGGCUACGAAAGGAACAGGAAGAGCUAGAGGAAAGGAAUGAGGAGCUGGAGGCCCUGUUGGGGGAGGCUCAAAAUGCCAGCAAGGAGGAGCGACAUCGUCAUGAAGGAGAACUGGAGGGACUGCACAGAAGGAUUAAAAGCCUGGAGGCAGAGCUGAAAAAGCAAGAUACCCAGGAAAAACUGUUGAAGAAUGGCGAUGAUGUCAAAACCACCGAGUCCUACUUGCAGUUGCACCUCAGGGACAGCACCCAGGAAAGAAUGGCUCUGCUGGAGGCUCGCCUGACUGAGGAGAAGGAGUGGAGGAAACAGCUGGAGCUAGAUCUCAGUGCUGCUCAGACUGCACUCAAAAAAGAUAAAGAGGCUUUGCAGAUAGGUGAGCGAGAACUAAAGAAGCUGAGACUUGAGGUCAGCGGCCUUCAGACCGAAUGCCAACAAGGGAAAACACUCAUUAAAAGUCUGACUCAAGUGAAGGGAGAAAAGGCCGUUUUAGAAGAAAAGGUGGCCCGGAUGGAGCGUGCUCACAGCAGACUCCAGGCCGAGCUGGAAUCCCACAAAGAAAAUACCCAGACUCAGUUAGACUUUCGGGAAAACAGGUUUCCCUUUGACCAGCAGGAACAGAUUGACCGCCUGACACUUGAACUCAGCAGCCUCCAGACAGCACACAACACUCUGAGGGAUGAGAUGGCCUCUGAACGACUGAAGAUGACUGAACUUCAAGCCGAGCUAAGCGCUGCUGUUCAGAAGAAGCUAGCAGCCGAAGGGGAAAGAGAAAGACUAGAACUUGAGAUUCAGCACCUUAAAAAGCAACUUCUGUGGACUCAAGAGCAGCUGUCCUCUGCAAAGGAAGCGCUGAGUCGCAGCCAAAAGCUGGACCUGCAAACAACUAGUACAGAAUCAAGGCUCCGUCCUGUGCAGAACACCAACUCUGAGGCUUUGGCUCAGGUUUCAUCUUCGAAGAAAGAGCUGAAUCGUCUUCAGAACGAGCUGGAGGAGGAGCGGCAGCUGGCCUCUCAGCACCAAAUGGUGCUUGAAGCUCAGGUUAAUGAAGCCCAGGCUCAUAUCAAGUCCCAAGAUUCUCUGCUGAGCCAGAAGACAGAAGAGGCUAAACAGAUGAAGCAGGACGUGCAGAGGGCUCAGAGCCUGUUUACUUCAGCUGAGAGAGAGCUGCGCUACGAGAAGGAGAAGAACUUGGAUCUGAAGAGACACAACACUCUGCUGGAGCAGGAAAAACUCAAACUUUGUGCAGAACUGAAGCAGACCCAGCUCAAACUGGCCCAAGUGGAACAGAAAGUCCAAACUCAGGCUGCUGAGUGUGAACGGCAGCAGCAGAAAGUCAGAGAACUGGAGCUGGAGCUGGCACGCAGCAGCACAAGCCGCGGUGCCACCACCAGCCUGCAGGAGGAGUUACAGGCAGAGAGGGCACGCCUCAUUGCUGCUGACAAGAAGGUCUUGGAGUUGCAGCAGCAGCUGAAGAACGCCCAGCAUCAGCUGCGUGUGGAGGAAGCUCGAGCCGGUGAGAGCAGCCGCCUGGAGAGGGACAGCAGGGAUCUGUCCGACACCUUAAGUUCCCUGAGAGCCCAGCAGCAGGAGGAGCACAUCAUCAGGAAGCUGUUAGAGCAGCGUGAAGAAGAGCUGCAUCAACAGGUGCGUUCUUUGAGGCUGAAGGAGGCUUCUCUAAACAGGACAAACACCGAGCUCAGCCACCGUGUCCAGCAGCUGGACACUCGUCUGUCCAUCCUGCAGGCGGAGCUGAACAAGACAAAAGAAGAGGAAAAAAACAGUCAGAAGUCAAACCACAAGCUGCAGCAGGAGCUGGCGUCCAGUAAGCAGGAGAGUGAACGGCUGCAGGAGGAACUGCAGCAGGUUCUCCUACAACUGGAUGCUAGUGUCAGAAAGUACAACGAAAAACAGAUUCAUCACAGGAGCAAGCUACAUCAAGCCAAGCAGCUUUUUCUUAAAGCAACAGCUCAGAGGGACUCUACCAUCCAGAAACUAGAGAAUGACCUGGCACUGGCCUCCAGUCUCUCACACAAGGCGAAGGAGCAGAUCAAUACGGUGAUGAUCGAAAACGAGAAGCUGCUGGAGGAAAAAAGGGAACUGCUGCGGAAGAUAAGCGAGGCAGAAGAAAUGGGCAGCAAAGGCAUGAGGAUGGCCUCUACAGUCCAACACAGGGUUAAUGUCUUAGAAGUGGAAAACAGGCAGCUACAGGACAGAACAAUAAAGCUCUCAAAUCAAGUCAGCUCCUUGGAACGAGCUCUGAGGAACGUCAAGUCGAUCUACAGUCUGGAGAAUGCCAAAAAAGUGGUCUCCUCUGAUGGUCUCUCUGAGGGCAUCCUUCAUGCUUCUACACUAAGUCUGACCUCAGGCUUCUGUGACCGCGUGGACAUCCUGGACACAAUCUGUCGUGCGAAGGUGAGCAAGCACGUGGUGUUGGACAGCACGAGUGCAUCGGUCCCAACAUGGCCGCCACUUGAGCAGGGAUACCUGAAUCUCACGUCCCCUCUGGUUACUCCAGCCUGCACACAAGCCACCGAGGACAGCCCUAAUACGAGCGGGCAGGUCUGAGGGCUCAUGCCCCCGAGGGUUGCAUCAGCACUUCACUAGCCAGUAUUUGUCAGCACGUCUGCCACUUCCGCUGCAGACAAAAAUCUGAA